AUGAGGCUUGUUCUGCCCAACCCGGGCCUGGACGACCGAAUCCCCUCCCUGGAGCAACUGGAGGUCAUCGAGAAGGAGGAGGCCAGCUCGCGGCCCAAGUGGGACAACAAGGCCCAGUACAUGCUCACCUGCGUGGGCUUCUGCGUGGGCCUGGGCAACGUCUGGCGCUUCCCCUACUUGUGCCAGAGCCAUGGCGGAGGAGCAUUCAUGAUCCCGUUCCUCAUCCUGCUGGUUGUGGAGGGUGUCCCUUUGCUGUACCUGGAGUUUGCCAUCGGGCAGCGACUGCGCAAGGGCAGCGUGGGCGUCUGGAGCUCCAUCCACCCAGCCCUGAAAGGCAUAGGGAUCGCAUCCAUGUUCGUGUCCUUCAUGGUGGGCCUCUACUACAACACCAUCAUCGCCUGGGUCAUGUGGUACUUCUUCAACUCCUUCCAGGAUCCCCUUCCUUGGAGCACGUGCCCACUCAACGACAACCUGACAGGCUAUGUGGAGGAGUGUGCCCGCAGCUCUUCAGUGGACUACUACUGGUACCGAGAGACCCUCAACAUCUCCAACUCCAUCAGCAACUCGGGCUCUGUGCAGUGGUGGGUUCUGCUCUGCCUGACCUGUGCCUGGUGUGUCCUCUACGUAUGCACCAUCCGUGGCAUCGAGACCACCGGCAAGGCUGUGUACAUCACCUCGACGCUGCCCUAUGUCGUCCUGACCAUCUUCCUCAUUCGGGGACUGACGCUAAAGGGAGCCACCAACGGUAUCGUCUUCCUCUUCACGCCCAACAUCACGGAGCUGGCCAACCCACUGACUUGGCUGGAUGCGGGGGCCCAGGUCUUCUACUCCUUCUCGUUGGCCUUCGGGGGCCUCAUCUCCUUCUCCAGCUACAACUCUGUCCACAACAACUGUGAGAUGGACUCGGUGAUCGUGUCCGUCAUCAACGGCUUCACAUCCAUGUACGCAGCCACCGUGGUCUACUCCAUCAUCGGCUUCCGUGCCACAGAACGCUAUGACACCUGCUUCAAUCAGAAUAUCCUGACGCUCAUCAACGGGUUCGACUUGCCCGAAGGCUCUGUCACCGAGAAGAACUUCGAGGAAUUACAGCAGUGGUACAACGCCACUUACCCCGCAGACUUCGCCCAGCUGCAGUUCCAGACCUGCGACAUGAACUCUUUCCUGUCAGAGGGCGUGGAGGGCACGGGGCUGGCGUUCAUUGUCUUCACGGAGGCCAUCACCAAGAUGCCCAUAUCCCCACUGUGGUCCGUGCUCUUCUUCAUCAUGCUCUUCUGCCUGGGCCUGUCCUCCAUGUUCGGGAACAUGGAGGGCGUGGUCGUGCCCCUGCAGGACCUCAAAAUCUUCCCCAAAAAGUGGCCCAAGGAGGUGCUCACAGGUCUCAUCUGCCUUGGGUGUUAUUUCAUCGCCUUCAUCUUCACGCUGAACUCCGGCCAGUACUGGCUCACCCUGUUGGACAGCUAUGCCGGCUCCAUCCCCCUGCUCAUCAUCGCCUUCUGCGAGAUGUUCGCUGUGGUCUACGUGUACGGCGUGGACAGGUUCAACAAGGACAUCGAGUUUAUGAUCGGCCACAAGCCCAACAUCUUCUGGCAAAUCACAUGGCGAGUGGUCAGCCCGCUGCUCAUGCUGGUCAUCUUCCUGUUCUUCUUCGUGAUCAACGUCAAUAAGGAGCUGAUAUACAGCGUCUGGGACCCUGCCUAUGAGGAAUUUCCCAAAUCCGAGAAGGUCCCAUACCCAAGCUGGGCAUAUGGCGUGGUGGUUAUCGUUGCUGGCGUGCCCUGCCUCAGCAUCCCUUGCUUUGCCAUCUACAAGCUCAUCAGGAACCGCUGCCAGAAACAAGAAAGCCAGCAGGGGCUGGUCAGCACCAUGUCCACAGCCUCCAUAAAUGGGGACCUGAAGUACUGA